CCUCUACCGCUCGGCCGAUAAAUUGCAGCUCCACCGGCAGUACCUGGUGCGUGCAGUGCAGCCCUCGGAACAAGCUCUGGCUGCAUCUCCACGCCGCUUCCUGCAUUACCUGGACCUCGCCACCCCGCAAACCAUCCGCAGGCCACUCCAAGCGUCAAAAGGAAGGUUGCAGGAAGAAUGGAGAACUUAAUACCACAGCUACCUCAGGCGAUGUCCCAUGCUCCAUGGCAGCAGACUUGUCCUUUGUUCCGUCUGAGUAAAGAAUGGAAAGAUGAUACGCCAGAUACGUUUUGUGUAACAAAUGAGUACCCGUCUGGAGAAUAUUUGAAGGCGAGAUGCAAGAGACUGAAGGUACGGGAUUCCAGAGAUGAUGAAGCCGAGCCAUCAACUUCAAAACUGCAGGGCAACAGUCACAUGAAAAAGACCCAGGAACGUUUCAGAAGUGCUCUUGUUAACAUCAUAUUGCAGGAAGACAUUGCUGAUGAAUCCCAGUCUCCAACAGCAGAUUCCUCUACAUCAAUAGAGCAGGAUAUUGCGAAAUACUACUAUUACAUUCGCCAUGGAAUUGAUACAGCAAGUGUGGCCCCACUGGAUGAAAGCUGGCUAGAUCACGUUUUAGUUUUAAUUCCACAGCAUCUGAAAUCGUUUGAGGAAAACAUACGUUCACUGACUGAUGAAAUGAAAGAAGACUAUUUACUGAGUGUAAAAAAGGCUAUAGUUGACUUUGUUUUAAGAGACCCCAGAGAAAAAGACGACAAGAAAGAACCUCUUCCGCCUCAUCGUGCAGAAAUGGCAGUAGUCCCAAAGCCCUGGAAUAAGUCUUUUAUUUCAGCAUACUGUCGCAUGAGAGAAAACCUGCAUGCAAUAAAUCCUUCAAUGCUAGCUGUUCUGAAGCUAUGGGAGACUUCAUUUAAAAAUUUACGCCUUCUUGACACAGAAGUAUUUCACAAUAAACGGGACGCUCAGGAGCUUUCAUCUUUCCAGAUGAAAGUCAUCCAGGAAAUUGGAAAAUCCAAAGCUGUUCUAUCUAGGAAGUGGCUUCUAGAAGUGCAGAAAAUCUACUGCCAAGCUAAUAAAAAAAAGCAAAUACCCAGCAGUGCCAGCAGUGCUAAAUUAAAGGCUUUCUUCAGAUGUGCUGCCACUUUAAUGACUCUUCAUCUGCAAGAAUUACUUUUACAAUCAAUUCAGGACUUCACAGAUUUAAUUGUUCAACCAGCAACGUCACUUCGAGCCUACGAACACCCUGGUUUCAUCCUGAGGGCUACACUUGAGAAUGACUGUAUUAAAUUUGAACCUGACUUUAAUGACUAUGAGGAGGCAUUACUGAAUGUUUACACUGUUAUGAUUAAUGCUGUCAGUGAUAUACCAAGAAUUGAGACCAAAUUAUUUUCUGAGUUGCCUAAACGUGAGUCUCCAUCAGCUGUUUUGAAACCUGUAGUCCUUGAUGAGAUCUUGGAUCAACAUAAGAAAAUGAUCAGAGAUGAAAUUACCAAACAAAGUGUUGCGCCUGUCGAACAUGUCAAGGUUUAUGAAAAGUACAAUUUCCUGAUAAACAAGCAAGCUGAGCAAGAUGCUGACAAAUUCCUGACUGAGGAGCAUACUUUCGAAGAAUUGAUAGAAGAAAUUAUAAAGUAUCAGAAACUCAGCAAGGAAAUUAAAUACACUUCUAAAAGGUAUCUCCAUCUAGGAAUGUUUGAACUGCAAUGUGAUGAAUUAAUAAAUGCUUUGGCAAGGCGAGCAGAUAAUAUUUGUGAAAAAAUUACUGCCAAAGUGCUCAAGGAUCAUCAAGAUAGAAGCAUGAGACUCUGCAAUGAAUUUGAGAAAAUAUCAGAAAAAGCCCUUAGUACUCCAGCUAAUACGCAAGAGCUAAUGGAACUUAAGGAUUGUAUAAAGAAAAUGGAAACAGAAGACAUGCUUGAAUUGGAGCAGCAGUUAGAGGUUGCUUCAAAAUAUAUUGUUUUUUUGAUAGAGUGUGUCAGCUUUUCGCCAGCAGACAUUCGACUGAACAAGGACAUUUUCCAGUGGUUUGCACGAAUGCCAGGUAUCUUUGAAGAGCACAGGAAGAUAAUUGAGGAGAAAUUGGAACAGUUUCAAGAGGGUCUUAAGAUACGGCGUGAACAAUUUGUGGAGGACCUGAAAAGCUAUAGGAAGCAGGCGGAAGAACUAAGCACGUUUGGAGAUAUUCGGGAAGUUGACAGAUAUUUGAAGAAAGCUCAAGCGCUAAAUACAAAGUUGGAUCUUGCUUCUGAAAAGAUGGAUCAAUUUAAUGAAGAAGAGAAGUCCUUUGGAUGGGAAGAAUCUCAGUACCCUGAGCACAGAAAGAUAUGUAAUGUUCUUUCUCCUUAUCUACGUCUCUAUGAAAUGGCUGCUGAAUUCAUCAAUAAGCACGAGAAAUGGACAGAAGGGUCAUUUAAGGAAGUGGAUCCUGACAAAGUAGAGGGAGAAGUAGGAGGCUACUGGAACGGAUUGUAUAAGCUAGAAAAAACCUUCCAGAAUGCUCCAAGUGCUUUGGAGCUAACGCGGCAGGUUAAAUCAAAAGUAGAGGAAUUCAAAUGCCACAUUCCUCUAAUUCAGGUGAUUUGCAAUCCUGGCUUGCAAGAAAGGCACUGGGAAGAAAUGUCAAACAUUGCUGGUUUACCUCUAUCUCCUUCUGAAGACUCAAAUCUUUUGUCUUACAUUAAUUUGCACCUUGAACCAUUCCUAGAAAAAUUUGAAACGAUCAGCGAAGCAGCAAGCAAGGAAUAUUCACUUGAGAAAGCUUUAAACAAAAUGGUUUCUGAAUGGGAUCAAAUGGAGUUCGUUCUUCUUGACUAUAGAGAAACGGGAACCCAUAUUUUGGCAUCUGUGGAUGAUAUUCAGUUGCUACUGGAUGAUCACAUUGUCAAAACUCAGACUAUGAGAGGCUCUCAAUUCAUCAAGCAUUAUGAAAAGAGGAUAAAGGAAUGGGAAGGAAAGCUGUUGUUACUGCAGGAGAUCCUGGAUGAAUGGCUGAAGGUUCAAUCUACUUGGCUUUAUUUGGAGCCGAUUUUCAGUUCUCCUGACAUCACGGCUCAGAUGCCUGAGGAAAGCAGACAAUUCAGUACUGUUUUUAAAACAUGGAAAGACUUGAUGAAAUCAGUUUUUGAGGACAAACAUGUGCUGGCAGUGGUAACAAUAGACAGGAUGUUAGACAAACUGAAGAAGUGCAAUGAAUUUCUGGAGACAAUUCUCAAGGGACUUAAUGAAUAUCUGGAGAAGAAGCGCUUGUAUUUCCCCAGAUUCUUUUUUUUAUCCAAUGAUGAACUCCUUGAGAUUCUUUCAGAGACCAAAGAUCCAACCCGAGUACAACCUCACCUGAAAAAGUGUUUUGAAGGAAUUGCGAGCGUGGAGUUUACUGAUGUGUUAGACAUUACACACAUGAAAAGUAGCGAAGGAGAGACUGUGCAACUCACGCGGACCAUUUCAACCGCUGAAGCUCGAGGUCAAGUUGAAAGAUGGCUUGUUGAACUGGAGGUUGCAAUGAUUAAUUCUGUCCACAAGGUCAUUCAGGAAGCAGUUGAAGCUUAUCCCAAAACUGCACGUGUUGAUUGGGUGCGAGAGUGGCCUGGACAAACAGUUCUUUGUGUAUCCCAAACUUUCUGGACGAUGGAGGUAGAGGUGUCUAUUAGAAAUGGCCAGAAGGCCCUAGAGGAUUUUCUGGAACAGAAUAAUAAACAGAUAGAGGACAUUGUCACCUUGGUGCGAGGAAAGCUGUCUAAGCAGAAUCGUGUGACGCUUGGAGCACUUGUUGUGCUUGAUGUUCAUGCGAGGGAUGUUCUUGCAUCCAUAGUAAGCAAGAAAGUCAAAGAUGAGAAUGACUUUGAAUGGCUUAGUCAGCUUAGAUACUACUGGGAGGAAGGACAUCUUCAAACAAGAAUGAUCAAUGCUGGACUGAGAUAUGGAUACGAAUAUCUUGGCAAUACGCCUAGGCUGGUUAUUACUCCACUUACAGACAGAUGCUACAGAACUCUGUUUGGUGCACUAAAUCUCCAUCUUGGAGGUGCCCCUGAAGGUCCUGCAGGAACUGGAAAAACGGAAACAACAAAAGAUUUAGCAAAGGCUGUAGCUAAGCAGUGUGUGGUUUUCAAUUGUUCAGAUGGAUUGGAUUACAUCGCCUUAGGAAAAUUCUUUAAGGGUUUGUUAUCUUGUGGAGCGUGGGCUUGCUUUGAUGAAUUCAACAGGAUUGAUUUGGAAGUGCUUUCUGUGGUUGCUCAGCAGAUUUUUACUAUCCAAAGAGGCAUUAAUUCAGGAUCUGAUAUACUAGUAUUCGAAGGAACUGAAUUGAAGCUUAACCCUACAUGUGCUGUGUUCAUUACCAUGAAUCCUGGUUAUGCUGGGCGUUCAGAGCUUCCAGACAAUCUCAAGGCACUCUUUAGAACGGUAGCUAUGAUGGUUCCUGAUUAUGCCAUGAUUGCAGAGAUUGUUCUGUAUUCUUGUGGUUUUGUUUCUGCACGACCUCUGUCUGUAAAAAUUGUAGCUACAUACCGUCUGUGUUCUGAGCAGUUGUCGUCUCAGCACCAUUAUGAUUAUGGAAUGAGAGCUGUGAAGUCAGUACUUACUGCUGCUGGGAACCUGAAGCUGAAAUAUCCCUCGGAAGAUGAAGAAAUUUUGCUACUUAGAUCCAUUACAGAUGUUAACCUGCCUAAAUUCUUGUCUCACGAUUUACCACUUUUUGAGGGUAUUACCUCUGAUUUGUUUCCUGGUGUGAAACUACCAAAACCAGACUACAAUGACCUGUUGGAAGCCAUUAAAACCAACUGUGCUGCUAUGAAUUUGCAAAUGACUGACGCAUUUACUAUGAAGAUCCUGCAGAUAUUUGAGAUGAUGAUAGUGCGUCAUGGCUUUAUGAUAGUUGGAGAGCCUUUUGGUGGAAAAACUUGUGCGUAUCGAGUUCUGGCAAGAGCGCUGGGGGACAUAUGUGAGAAGGGGUUGAUGGAAGAAAACAAAGUUCAGAUCACAGUUUUAAAUCCCAAAUCCAUAACAAUGGGUCAGCUAUAUGGACAGUUUGAUCCGGUUUCACAUGAAUGGUCGGAUGGCAUCCUCGCAGUGAGUUUCAGAGCAUUUGCUUCUUCCCAAACUCCAGAUAGGAAAUGGCUAAUUUUUGAUGGACCAGUGGAUGCGGUAUGGAUUGAGAAUAUGAAUACUGUACUUGAUGAUAAUAAAAAGUUGUGCCUUAUGAGUGGAGAGAUCAUCACAAUGUCACAGCAAAUGAGUCUUAUUUUUGAACCAAUGGAUUUAGAAGUUGCUUCUCCUGCUACUGUUUCUCGGUGUGGUAUGAUCUACAUGGAGCCACACACGUUAGGCUGGAGACCAUUAAUGAUGUCUUGGCUAAAUAAAAUGCCUUCUGGAAUCAGCUCUGCUCAUAAAGAAUUUAUAAUUGGCCUGUUUGAUGCAAUGGCCCCUCUCUGUCUUGAGUUUAUUAGGAAACACACAAAGGAACUAUCUCCUACUUCUGAUACAAACUUAAUUCAGUCGCUAAUGAAUCUGAUGGACUGCAUGAUGGAUGAAUUUGCAGAUGAAGCCAAAGUUAAAGCUAUGAGUGAUGAUGACAUUUUUUCUUGGCUUGAGGGCAUUUUUUUAUUUUCACUGAUAUGGUCUGUAGGAGGGAGUUGUAAGGAGGCUGAUCGUCUGAAAUUUGACAAACUUGUUCGAGAAAUGCUUAAAGGACCAAUCAGUGAGGAGACCAGAGAGCAGUAUAAGUUGUUGAGCAGUACUGAUCAACGUGCUUCAAAGACAUUCAAGGUCCCAUUUCCAACAGAAGGAACCAUUUAUGAUUAUCGGUUUGUCAAACAGGGAGAAGGAAUUUGGGAACCUUGGGUGGAAACGCUCAAAUCAGCUCCUCCUAUACCUGAGGAUGUGACAUUUAAUGAAAUAAUAGUGCCAACUCUGGAUACAGUUCGAUAUAUGUCUUUGAUGGAGUUGCUGACAUUGCAUCAAAAGCCUUCUUUGUUUGUGGGGCCAACAGGAACUGGAAAAAGUACCUACAUCACUAAUUUCCUUUUAAAUAAUUUGAAUAAAGAUGUCUAUAAGCCGCUGCUCAUUAACUUUUCAGCGCAAACUACGGCAGCUCAGACUCAGAAUAUUAUAAUGUCAAAGCUGGAUAAAAGGAGAAAAGGAAUUUUUGGGCCUCCUCUUGGGAAAAAAAUGGUUGUAUUUGUAGAUGAUGUUAACAUGCCAGCCCGAGAGGUCUACGGUGCUCAACCUCCUGUUGAAUUACUACGACAGUGGUUAGAUCACUGGAAUUGGUAUGACCUUAAAGACUGCUCAAUGAUUAAACUUAUAGAUAUUCAGAUCAUCUGUGCAAUGGGACCACCAGGAGGUGGUCGAAACCCAGUAACACCACGAUUCUUGCGACACUUCAAUACAGUUACCAUUAAUGAGUUUGACAAUGAAUCCAUGUACACGAUAUAUUCUAGAAUCUUAGACUGGCAUCUGACUAUAUGUUAUAGCUUUCCACCGGAAUAUGUAGAGCUGAUUCCGCAAAUUAUUAAUGGAACCAUGAAUAUGUAUAAGGAAGCUAUGAAGAAUCUACUUCCUACCCCAGCCAAAUCACACUACUUGUUUAAUCUCCGUGAUUUUUCACGUGUUAUUCAAGGUGUUUGCCUGUCAAGGCCUGAAACAACAGAAUCUACGGGAGCGAUAAAACGUCUCUGGGUUCAUGAGGUCCUUAGAGUAUAUUAUGAUCGCUUGGUGGAUAAUCCCGAUAGGGCUUGGCUUGUUGGAUUUCUCCAAGAAGUUGUGAAUAAGGACUUGCUUGAAGACUUCCACGAACUUUUCCAGAAUCUGGACUCCAAUAAUGAUGGCAGAGUGGAGGAAGAUGACCUAAGGGCCUUAAUGUUCUGUGAUUUUCACGACCCUAGAAGAGAUGACACAAAAUACAGAGAGAUCACUGAUGUAGAUCAGCUGAGAUUAGUUGUGGAGGGUCACCUUCAAGAGUUUAACAAUAUAAGCAAAAAGCCAAUGCAGCUAGUCUUGUUCCAAUUUGCCAUAGAACAUAUUUGUAGAAUUUCCCGUAUUCUGAAACAGCCUCGUAGCCAUGCCCUCCUUGUUGGUGUCGGAGGUAGUGGUCGACAGUCUCUUACUCGAUUAGCGGCCCACAUGGCCGAGUAUAACCUUUUCCAGGUUGAAAUAACUAAAAGUUACGGUAACAAUGAGUGGCACAAAGACUUAAAAGAGAUACUGAGAAAAUCUACGGAAGCAGAAGUGCAGGGGGUUUUCUUGUUCACUGAUACGCAGAUAAAAAGAGAGUCAUUCUUAGAAGACGUUAACAACUUGCUAAAUGCAGGGGAAGUGCCAAACCUCUUUGCGAUAGAUGAGAAACAAGAAAUUUGCGAACAAAUGCGUCAACUAGAUCGCCAGAAGGACAGGGCAAAGCAAACUGAUGGUAGUCCUAUAGCUCUUUUCAACAUGUUUAUCGAUCGCUGCCGAGAUCAGCUUCAUAUAGUAUUGGCCAUGAGUCCAAUUGGAGAUGCUUUCCGUAACCGCCUUCGUAAAUUUCCUGCUCUUGUCAACUGCUGCACACUAGACUGGUUUCAGACGUGGCCUGAAGAUGCAUUAGAAGCAGUUGCUUCUCGCUUCUUGGAAGAUGUCGAAAUGUCAGAAGAAACUCGAAGUGGGUGUAUUGACAUGUGUAAAAACUUUCACACAUCUACCAUUGUUUUAUCUGAUUUAUACCGUGCGGAGCUUCAGAGACACAACUAUGUUACACCUACUUCGUACUUGGAAUUGAUCUCCACUUUUAAAGCUCUGCUUGGAAAGAAGCGCAUCAAGGUGAUGGAAAUGAAAAGAAGAUAUGAAGUUGGCUUGGAGAAACUGAAUACUGCUACAGCUGAAGUCGCCUCAAUGCAGUCUGAGCUGGAAGCUUUGCAGCCUCAGCUACAGGAAGCUUCCAAGCAGGUUGACGAGAUGAUGGCAGUUAUUCAAAAAGAAUCCGCGGAAGUAGCCAAAACUGAAGAAAUUGUGAAAGCUGAUGAAGCAGUGGCGAAUGAGCAAGCUAUGGCUGCUAAAGCCAUCAAAGACGAAUGCGAUGCUGACUUAUCUCAAGCACUGCCUUAUUUAGAAGCUGCUCUGGCUGCUCUUAACACUCUCACUUCACAGGAUAUUACAGUGGUUAAGUCCAUGAAGAGUCCUCCUGCUGGAGUCAAGCUUGUAAUGGAAGCUAUAUGCAUCCUGAAAGGUAUCAAGGCCGAUAGGAUUCCUGAUCCAUCAGGUUCCGGAAAGAAAAUUGAGGAUUUCUGGGGUCCAGCUAAGAGACUUCUGGGUGACAUAAGAUUUCUUCAGUCUCUUCAUGAAUAUGACAAGGAUAACAUUCCCCCGGCUUACAUGGCCAUCAUAAGAAAUCAUUAUCUAACAAAUCCUGAAUUUGUACCAGAAAAGGUUCGAAAUGCUUCCACGGCAGCAGAGGGUCUGUGCAAAUGGGUCAUAGCCAUGGAUGUUUAUGAUAAAGUGAUAAAAAAUGUUGCACCCAAAAAGCUGAAGUUGAACGAAGCUGAAGGAAAAUUUAAGAUUGCCAUGGAAGGUCUAAUGAAGAAACAAGCUGACCUGAAAGAAGUCCAGGAUAAAUUGGCUCUACUCCAGCAGACGCUGGAAUCCAAGAAUCAGGAGAAGGUCGACUUAGAAACUCAGGUUGACUUAUGUUGCAAAAAAUUGCAGCGAGCGGAGGAAUUGAUUGGAGGCCUUGGUGGUGAGAAAACUCGGUGGAAUGAGACCGCUUUGGGGCUGGCAAAGCAGUACGUCAACUUGACUGGAGAUGUGCUUAUUUCAUCAGGAAUUGUAGCUUACCUAGGAGCAUUUACAUCCAGCUACAGAAAAAUGCAGACUACAGAGUGGACGUUACUAUGUAAAGCAAAGAACAUUCCUUGUUCUGAUGAUUUUGCUUUAACGACUACCCUGGGAGAGCCAGUGGAAAUCAGAGCUUGGAAUAUUGCCGGGUUACCCUCUGAUGCAUUUUCUAUUGAUAAUGGCAUCAUUAUCUCUAAUGCAAGACGAUGGCCUCUUAUGAUAGAUCCUCAGGGUCAAGCAAAUAAAUGGAUAAAGAAUAUGGAAAAAGUCAAUAACUUGCACGUAAUCAAGCUCAGCGACUCUCAGUUUGUUACAACACUGGAAAAUUGCAUUCAAUUUGGCAGUCCUGUGCUUCUAGAGAAUAUUGGAGAAGAACUGGAUCCUAUUCUCGAGCCUCUAUUGCUCAAACAGACGUUUAAGCAGUCAGGAAGUAUAUGCAUUUGCCUCGGAGACUCCACUAUUGAGUAUUCUCCCGAAUUCCGCUUUUAUAUUUCAACUAAGCUGAGAAAUCCACAUUAUCUUCCAGAAAUAUCCGUCAAGGUAACGUUAUUGAAUUUCAUGAUAACUUCAGAAGGAAUGCAGGAUCAGCUUCUUGGAAUAGUAGUUGCAAGAGAAAGGCCAGAUCUUGAAGCUGAAAAACAAGCCCUUAUCCUCCAAGGGGCUGCGAAUAAAAGGCAACUAAAAGAAAUAGAAGACAAGAUUUUGGAAGUUCUUUCGGCUUCAGAAGGAAACAUUUUAGAGGAUGAAACUGCUAUUAAGAUAUUGUCUUCUUCCAAAGUUCUGGCUAAUGAGAUUUCCGAAAAGCAAGCUGUAGCCGAAGAAACAGAAAAGAAGAUCGAUGACACUCGUAUGGGCUAUCGUCCUAUUUCCAUCCAUUCGACUAUCUUGUUUUUUUCCAUUUCUGAUCUAGCCAACAUUGAGCCAAUGUAUCAGUACUCUCUCAUGUGGUUUAUUAACCUUUUCAUCAUGUCUAUAGAUAACUCAGAGAAAUCCGAAGAUUUACAAACAAGAUUGAAGAUUCUCAAGGAUCAUUUCACUUACUCACUUUACGUAAAUAUCUGUCGUUCACUGUUUGAAAAGGACAAGCUGCUCUUCUCUUUUUGUUUAACUGUGAAUCUCCUGAAACAUGAGAAAAUGAUCAGUGAGGACGAGUGGAAAUUCCUGUUGACUGGCGGUAUAGGCUUGGACAAUCCCUUCCCUAAUCCAUGCACCUGGCUUCCUCCACAAUCCUGGGAUGAAAUUUGUCGGCUGGAAGACUUAUCGUGCUUCACAAACUUUCGUAAGGAUUUUGAACAACAUAAAGAUGAAUGGAAAAAGGUGUACGACAGCAUGAAUCCUCAGCAUGAAGAUUUUCCCACAGAGUGGCAAGAAAAGUUGGGAGAAUUCCAAAGGAUGCUUGUUAUUCGCUGUUUAAGACCUGACAAGGUUAUACCAGCAGUGCAGGAGUUCAUCGUUCACAACCAGGGCCGUCAAUUUAUCGAGCCACCUCCAUUUGAUUUGUCGAGAGCAUUUUCAGACAGCCACUCUUGCGCACCACUGAUAUUUGUACUUUCUCCUGGAGCCGACCCCAUGGCAGCGCUCGUAAAGUUUGCUGACGAUCAGGGAUACAGCGACUCGAAGCUUAGUUCUCUGUCGCUCGGUCAAGGCCAAGGCCCAAUAGCCAUGAAAAUGAUAGAGAAGGCAGUAAAGGAAGGAGCGUGGAUAGUUCUGCAGAACUGUCACCUGGCAAGCUCGUGGAUGCCGACGCUGGAAAAAGUCUGUGAGGAGCUUAACCCUGACACAACGCAUCCAGAUUUUAGAAUCUGGCUCACCAGUUACCCGUCUCCCACGUUUCCGGUGUCCGUACUUCAGAACGGAGUGAAAAUGACCAACGAAGCACCGAAGGGUUUACGGGCCAAUAUAAUUCGUUCGUACCUGAUGGAUCCAAUAUCCGACCCUGAGUUUUUCAACAGCUGCAAGAAAAUGGCUGAGUUUAAGAUACUGCUGUACGGCUUGUGCUUCUUCCAUGCGCUGGUGCAAGAGAGACGGAAGUUUGGGCCACUGGGUUGGAAUAUCCCAUAUGAGUUCAAUGAGACGGAUCUGCGCAUCAGCGUUCAGCAGCUGCACAUCUUCCUCAACCAGUACGAGGAGGUACCGUACGAUGCCCUUCGCUAUAUGACCGGGGAAUGUAACUACGGUGGCAGAGUUACCGAUGACUGGGAUCGUCGUACACUCCGCAGCGUUCUGAACACGUUCUUUUCAUCCGAAAUCAUCACAAACCCAGAUUAUAAAUUUGAUUCAAGCGGCCUGUACUUCGUUCCUCCUGAUGGAGACCACCAAAGCUAUAUUGAAUAUACAAAGACGCUCCCACUGAAUCCUUUGCCAGAGAUAUUUGGAAUGAACGCGAAUGCGGAUAUUACCAAGGACCAAGCAGAAACACAGCUGUUAUUUGACAACAUUCUUCUGACUCAGUCUCGGACAGCAGGGGGUGGUGCGAAAACGGAAGAUGACAUGAUUCAAGAAGUGACAGGGGACAUACUCGGUAAACUUCCUGCUGACUUUGACAUCGAAGCGGCCAUGAGGAAGUAUCCCACCACAUAUGUGCAGAGUAUGAACACGGUGCUAGUCCAAGAAAUGGGCCGGUUCAACAAGCUACUUGAAACUAUACGUGGAUCCUGUGAAAAUAUACAGAAAGCAAUAAAAGGGCUAGUAGUCAUGUCGUCUGAACUGGAAGAAGUAGUAAGCAGCAUUUUGAAAGGUAAAAUUCCAGCACUCUGGAUGAAUAAGUCCUACCCAAGCCUCAAGCCGCUGGGCAGCUAUGUGAAUGACUUCCUGAGUAGACUGAAGUUCCUACAGAUGUGGUAUGAAAAUGGAAUGCCACCUGUCUUCUGGAUUUCAGGAUUCUUCUUCACCCAAGCGUUCCUAACAGGCGCCCAGCAGAACUACGCCAGAAAGUACACUAUUCCCAUAGACCUGCUGUCAUUUGACUAUGAAGUGCUGGAAGAUAAGGAAUAUGAUGCUGCGCCUGAGGACGGUGUUUAUGUCCACGGACUGUUUUUGGAUGGAGCACGUUGGGACAGAGAAACUAAAAAGCUAGGAGAAUCUCAUCCGAAAGUCCUCUACGAUACUGUACCUGCGAUAUGGCUCAAGCCCUGUAAGAAAGCAGACAUCCCGCAGCGACCCACUUACCUGGCUCCGGUGUACAAGACCAGCGAGAGAAGAGGGGUCCUGUCAACCACUGGCCAUUCCACCAACUUCGUCAUUGCAAUGACCCUCCCAUCCGAUAAACCAGAAGAACACUGGAUCAAACGGGGGGUGGCCUUAUUAUGUCAACUUAAUUCAUAAACCUAAAACAAUUAAUAGGGGUUCCUUUUCUGGAUCACCUGCGAGUUCUAGAAGGCUCCAUCAUUAGCAAAGUCAGCAACCAGAUGAAAAGAUUAAAGAAGAAAACACAUUUUGCAUUUCAUAACAUUUACAAUAUUAAAGUACAGAAUAAAAUCUCGCGAAAUCCAACAAGAGUACUUGCUCCUUUAAUAAUUUUAUUUCUUGAAGGCUCCUUAUUUAUAAGGAGUAUACAUAAAAAUGAACACAACACUGUUGACAAUGAACAGAACAGGAUUUGAUCUUUUCCAGCUUUAUAAAAUUAAAAAAGAAAAAACAAAAAAUCCCAACAAAGAUUUAGUUAUAACAAAAACACUGAUAGCUCAGCUGUAUUUUACAGGGACAUAAUCACAUUUGAAACCAUAGACUCAAUUGUUAACAGGAGGAGAUUUUUUCAUUAAAAAAAAAA